AUGUCUGACGUUGAAGAACAAUACCAAGAAGAACAACAACCAGUCGUUCAAGAAGAAUUACAAGUCGUUGAAUUAGCCACUGCCAUCCCAUUGGAUGUUCAAGAAGCUCAAAGAGAAGUCAAAUUAUUCAACAAAUGGUCUUUUGAAGAUGUUGAAGUUAAAGAUGUUUCAUUAGUCGAUUACAUUCAAAUCAGAAACCCAGUUUUUGUUUCCCAUACUGCUGGUAAAUACGCUUCUAAAAGAUUCAGAAAAGCUCAAUGUCCAAUUGUUGAAAGAUUAACCAACUCUUUGAUGAUGAAUGGUAGAAACAAUGGUAAAAAAUUGAAGGCUGUUAGAAUCGUCAAACAUGCUUUAGAAAUCAUUCACGUUUUAACUGAACAAAACCCAAUCCAAGUUGUUGUUGAUGCUAUUGUCAACUCUGGUGCUAGAGAAGAUUCCACCAGAAUUGGUUCUUCUGGUACUGUUAGAAGACAAGCUGUUGAUGUUUCUCCAUUAAGAAGAGUUAACCAAGCUAUUGCUUUGUUGACUAUUGGUGCCAGAGAAGCUUCAUUCAGAAACAUCAAAACUAUUGCUGAAUGUUUAGCUGAAGAAUUGAUCAAUGCUGCUAAAGGUUCUUCUACUUCUUAUGCCAUCAAGAAGAAGGAUGAAUUAGAAAGAGUUGCUAAAUCUAACCGUUAA